UCAAGAGACUAUAAUAUAGAUUGGGGUAAAAGAGCUUCUUCCAGUAUCAACCAAAACAAGAAGAAAUGAAUUCACUCGUGAAUCAGCUGAGAUCCUCGUACCCCAUGUCCGAAGAAGAAGAAGCAUUCAGUUAUGCUUGGUAUUUACGAACCUCCCACAUGUUUACUUACGUUUUGGAUGCCGCAGUUAAGCUCGGUGUCUUCUAUAUAUUAACGAAGGCAGGUCCUGAUGUGAAGCUUUCUUCGAACCAGAUCGCGUCGGAGAUUCGUGAGAAGAAUCCCGACGCGCCUUCCCUUCUCGAUCGCAUGCUUCGGCUCCUCGCUUGCCAUGGUUUAGUUACUUGCGUUUUGCGAAAGCUCGAUGCCGGUGCGGGUGAUGGAGAAGAUGGUGAAAGAGUGUAUGAGAUUACUUUGGCUGGUAAAGCUUUUGUUAAUGACGAACAUAAUGGAUCUUUGGCUGUUUUUACUAGCGACAAGGCCAACAUUGAAGUCUGGUAAUCCCCAACCAUAGUGGGCUUGGAGCUGUGAGGGAAUUUGGAGUGGCCACCCAUUCUGAAAGUUUGAUUUUCUUCUGGUGAACUAGACAUCCUUUUAAUUACGUUUGAGGUUUUGGGCUUUUAAAUGUAAUAAGGCCGCUUAUUUAUUUUUGAUGGUUUUUAAUAUGUAUUACUAAGAUAGGUAAUACUUAUUUUAACUGUUGAAAUUGGAUAGCUUUAGGGCGCGUUUUCAAAAACAACAGUUGAUUUCAAAAUAACACGACAACAAGCAAAGCUUCCGCAAUGAAAGUAUUUUCCAAAAUUAAUCACUUUUCCUAAAAAUGACUUAAUCGAAUCGGUUUCCUAGAAAUAUCCAUGACGUUAAGGUGUGGCAAUGGCGGUAUGCAUGUCUAGGAUUGGAUCCGAAGAGAGCUUGGUACUUAAGCAGUCUGAUGGACUCACCACCUCUUUUCCGGUUUCCUACCUGGUGCACAGCUUCCAUUCACCUUAACCCUUAAUGAAUUAAUCUUUUGAA